CGUAGGGGGCUGAGUCGGAGACCGUGCCUGAGUUCGGGAGCUGCAACAGAGGGGCCAUAAACACUCCGAGCAGCCUCGCCGGUGCCUCUGCGUUCCUGUUGACUGUCUGGGUGCCCCCUCUCCUACUCCUCGGAUCCUGGGUUUGUGGAUGCACUUAGAUGUUUGCAAUGAGCACUGUGGCUGGCAUGCCCCAGUGUUUUGGAUACCAAUGCAUAGGACUCCAUAGUAAUCGAAUUUACCAGAGGCGAACGUCAUGAGCAUAGUGAUCCCACUGGGGGUUGAUACAGCAGAGACGUCAUACUUGGAAAUGGCUGCAGGUUCAGAACCAGAAUCCGUAGAAGCUAGCCCUGUGGUAGUUGAGAAAUCCAACAGUUAUCCCCACCAGUUAUAUACCAGCAGCUCACAUCAUUCACACAGUUACAUUGGUUUGCCCUAUGCGGACCAUAAUUAUGGUGCUCGUCCUCCUCCAACACCUCCGGCUUCCCCUCCUCCAUCAGUUCUUAUUAGCAAAAAUGAAGUAGGCAUAUUUACCACUCCUAAUUUUGAUGAAACUUCUAGUGCUACUACAAUCAGCACAUCUGAGGAUGGAAGUUAUGGUACUGAUGUAACCAGGUGCAUAUGUGGUUUUACACAUGAUGAUGGAUACAUGAUCUGUUGUGACAAAUGCAGUGUUUGGCAACAUAUUGACUGCAUGGGGAUUGAUAGGCAGCAUAUUCCUGAUACAUACCUGUGUGAACGUUGUCAGCCUAGGAAUUUGGAUAAAGAGAGGGCAGUGCUACUACAACGCCGGAAAAGGGAAAAUAUGUCAGAUGGUGAUACCAGUGCAACUGAGAGUGGUGAUGAGGUUCCUAUGGAAUUAUAUACUGCAUUUCAGCAUACUCCAACAUCAAUUACUUUAACUGCUUCUAGAGUUUCCAAAGUUAAUGAUAAAAGAAGGAAAAAAAGUGGGGAGAAAGAACAACACAUUUCAAAAUGUAAAAAGGCGUUUCGUGAAGGAUCUAGGAAGUCAUCAAGAGUUAAGGGUUCAGCUCCAGAGAUUGAUCCUUCAUCUGAUGGUUCAAAUUUUGGAUGGGAGACAAAAAUCAAAGCAUGGAUGGAUCGAUAUGAAGAAGCAAAUAACAACCAGUAUAGUGAGGGUGUUCAGAGGGAGGCGCAAAGAAUAGCUCUGAGAUUAGGCAAUGGAAAUGACAAAAAAGACACGAAUAAAUCAGAUUUGAAUACCAACAAUUUGCUCUUCAAACCUCCUGUAGAGAGCCAUAUACAAAAGAAUAAGAAAAUUCUUAAAUCUGCAAAAGAUUUGCCUCCUGAUGCACUUAUCAUUGAAUACAGAGGGAAGUUUAUGCUGAGAGAACAAUUUGAAGCAAAUGGAUAUUUCUUUAAAAGACCAUACCCUUUUGUAUUAUUCUACUCUAAAUUUCAUGGGCUAGAAAUGUGUGUUGAUGCAAGGACUUUUGGGAAUGAGGCUCGAUUCAUCAGGCGGUCUUGUACACCCAAUGCAGAGGUGAGGCAUGAAAUUCAAGAUGGAACCAUACAUCUUUAUAUUUAUUCUAUACAAAGUAUUCCAAAGGGAACUGAAAUUACUAUUGCUUUCGAUUUUGACUAUGGGAAUUGUAAAUACAAAGUGGACUGUGCAUGCCUCAAAGAAAACCCAGAGUGCCCUGUUUUGAAACGUAGUUCUGAAUCCAUGGAAAAUAUCAAUAGUGGCUAUGAGACCAGACGGAAAAAAGGAAAAAAAGACAAAGAUAUUUCCAAAGAAAAAGAUACACAAAAUCAGAAUAUUACUUUGGAUUGUGAAGGAACAACCAACAAAAUGAAGAGCCCAGAAACUAAACAAAGAAAGCUUUCUCCACUGAGACUAUCAGUAUCAAAUAAUCAGGAACCGGAUUUUAUUGAUGAUAUAGAAGAAAAAACUCCUAUUAGUAAUGAAGUAGAAAUGGAAUCAGAGGAGCAGAUUGCAGAAAGGAAAAGGAAGAUGACAAGAGAAGAAAGGAAAAUGGAAGCAAUUUUGCAAGCUUUUGCCAGACUUGAAAAGAGAGAGAAAAGAAGAGAACAAGCUUUGGAAAGGAUCAGCACAGCCAAAACUGAAGUUAAAACUGAAUGUAAAGAUACACAGAUUGUCAGUGAUGCUGAAGUUAUUCAGGAACAAGCGAAAGAAGAAAAUGCUACCAAGCCAACCCCUGCCAAAGUAAAUAGAACUAAACAGAGAAAAAGUUUUUCUCGGAGUAGGACUCACAUUGGACAGCAGCGUCGGAGACACAGAACUGUCAGCAUGUGUUCAGAUAUCCAGCCAUCUUCUCCUGAUAUAGAAGUUACUUCACAACAAAAUGAUAUUGAAAAUACUGUACUUACAAUAGAAACAGAAACUGAAACUGCAGUAGCAGAAAUAAUUACUGAAACUGAAGUUCCAGCACUUAAUAAAUGUCCUACAAAGUACCCCAAAACAAAGAAGCACUUGGUCAAUGAAUGGUUAAGUGAGAAGAAUGAGAAGACAGGAAAACCUUCAGAUGGCCUUUCAGAAAGGCCUCUACGCAUAACUACAGAUCCUGAAGUGUUAGCUACACAGCUCAAUUCUUUACCAGGUCUCACCUACAGUCCCCAUGUAUACUCUACUCCUAAGCAUUAUAUUAGAUUUACUUCACCAUUCCUUUCAGAAAAAAGGAGAAGAAAAGAACCUACUGAAAACAUUUCUGGUUCAUGCAAAAAGCGAUGGUUGAAACAAGCUCUGGAAGAAGAAAAUUCAGCAAUUUUAUAUAGGUUUAAUUCACCCUGUCAAGAAAGAUCCAGAAGUCCUGCAGUCAAUGGUGAAAAUAAAAGUCCACUACUAUUAAAUGACAGCUGUUCCCUUCCAGAUUUAACUACACCACUAAAAAAACGAAGAUUUUAUCAGUUGCUAGAUUCGGUUUACUCAGAAACCUCCACACCUACACCUUCCCCGUAUGCUACACCAACUCACACCGAUAUUACUCCUAUGGACCCAUCUUUUGCCACGCCUCCACGGAUAAAAUCAGAUGAUGAAACUUGUAGAAAUGGUUAUAAACCCAUAUAUUCACCAGUUACCCCAGUAACUCCUGGUACACCAGGAAAUACCAUGCACUUUGAGAAUAUUUCUUCCCCAGAAAGUUCUCCAGAAAUAAAGAGACGCACUUAUAGUCAAGAGGGAUAUGACAGAUCUUCAACGAUGUUAACAUUGGGGCCUUUUAGAAAUUCCAAUUUAACUGAACUGGGUCUGCAAGAAAUAAAGACUAUUGGUUAUACGAGCCCUAGGAGUAGGACUGAAGUCAGCAGGCAGUGCCCUGGAGAAAAGGAACCUGUGUCAGAUCUUCAGCUGGGACUUGAUGCAGUUGAGCCAACUGCCUUACAAAAAACCAUGGAAAUGCCUGCACAUGACAGGGCUGAGCCCAACAGCCAACUGGACUCGACUCACUCUGGACGGGGCACAAUAUAUUCUUCCUGGGUAAAGAGCCCUGACAGAACAGGAGUUAACUUCUCAGUGAACUCCAACUUGAGGGACCUGACACCCUCGCAUCAGUUGGAGGUUGGAGGAGGCUUCCGAAUAAGUGAGUCAAAGUGCCUGAUGCAGGAUGAUACUAGAGGCAUGUUUAUGGAAACAACUGUGUUUUGUACUUCCGAAGAUGGGCUUGUAUCUGGUUUCGGACGGACUGUUAAUGACAAUUUGAUCGACGGGAGUUGCACACCCCAGAAUCCACCACAAAAGAAAAAGGUUUCUCUGUUAGAAUACCGUAAGAGACAACGUGAAGCUAGGAAAAGUGGCUCUAAGACAGAGAACUUUCCACUCAUUAGUGUAUCACCCCAUGCAAGUGGAAGCUUGAGCAACAAUAGUGAUGGCUGUGCCAGCAGUAAUGAGAAUGGGGAGCAAGUAGAACAUACUGCUAGCCUCCCUUUACUAACACCAGCUACAGUUUAUAAUGCUACUUCUGAAGAAACUAGCAAUAACUGCCCUGUUAAGGAUGCUGCUGCCAGUGAGAAGAAUGAACCAGAAGUUCAGUGGACUGCCUCAACAUCGGUGGAACAAGUCAGAGAAAGGAGUUACCAGAGAGCGUUACUUCUCAGUGAUCACCGAAAAGAUAAAGAUAGUGGGGGAGAAUCACCAUGUGUCUCAUGUUCACCGAGUCAUGUUCAGUCUUCACCCUCAUCUCAUUCAAAUCACAUUCCCCAGUUGCAAGUUAAGGGCCCAGUCCCUUCUUUCAGUGAACUUAUGGAAGACCCUGAUCCUGAAAAUCCAGAACCACCUGCAAGUAUAAAUGAAUGUCCAUCCCCAGAUACUUCUCAAAAUACUUGUAGAAGUCCUUCAAAAAUGAGCAAGCCUGCUUCACCUGGAUCUGUCAUUCCCGCUCAAGCACACGGAAAAAUACUCACAAAACCGGAUUCCCAGUGGGACACCACAGUUACUGCAUCAGAAGCUGAAAAUGGUGUUCACCUAAAAACAGAGCUCCAACAAAAACAGCUAUCAAAUAACAGCCAAGCACUUUCAAAGAAUCAUCCUCCUCAGACACAUGUUCGUAAUUCAUCUGAGCAACUUUCACAACUGCCUUCUGCACCAACAAAGUUGCACUGUCCUCCAUCACCUCACCUAGAAAAUCCUCCAAAGUCAUCUACGCCUCACACACCUGUACAGCAUGGUUAUCUUUCACCAAAGCCUCCUUCACAGCAGUUAGGAUCUCCCUACAGGCCUCAUCAUUCACAGUCACCUCAAGUUGGAACACCUCAGCGAGAGCCUCAGAGAAACUUUUAUCCAGCAGCACAGAACCUUCCAGCCAAUACUCAGCAGGCAACUUCUGGAGCAUUAUUUACACAGACACCCUCAGGACAAUCUUCAGCAACUUAUAGUCAGUUUAACCAACAAAGUCUGAAUAGCACGGCACCACCCCCACCACCUCCUCCACCUCCUUCUUCUUCGACUUACUAUCAAAACCAGCAGCCCUCUGCUAACUUUCAGAAUUAUAAUCAGCUCAAAGGUAGUCUUUCUCAACAAACUGUGUUUACAUCAGGACCAAAUCAAGCACUUCCUGGUACCACAAGUCAACAGCCAGUUCCAGGACACCUUACUCCAGGGCAUUUUUUGCCCUCUCAGAACCCCACCAUUCACCAUCAAACUGCUGCUGCUGCCGUAGUCCCCCCACCACCUCCACCACCGCCUGCUCCAGGACCACACCUUGUACAACAGCCGAAUUCCCAUCAGCAACACUCUGUAGCACAUGUAGUAGGGCCUGUUCAUGCGGUCACUCCUGGAUCGCAUAUUCAUUCUCAAACUGCUGGACACCACUUACCCCCACCCCCCACCCCUCCCGCCCCUCAUCACCAUCCACCGCCCCAUCCUUCCACAGGACUCCAAGGUCUACAAGCACAACACCAGCAUGUUGUAAAUUCAGCACCCCCACCUCCCCCUCCGCCGCCACCUUCCAGUUUGGCUUCUGGGCAUCAUACCACAUCAGCUCAAGCCUUACACCACCCACCUCAUCAAGGACCUCCACUUUUUCCUUCAAGUGCUCAUCCAGCUGUACCUCCGUAUCCCUCACAAGCUACACAUCAUAACACUUUGGGACCGGGACCCCAGCACCAGCCUUCUGGAACAGGGCCACAUUGUCCAUUACCUGUCGCAGGUCCUCAUCUCCAGCCCCAAGGACCAAACAGUAUUCCAACACCUUCUGCUUCAGGGUUCUGUCCUCAUCCUGGCUCUGUGGCCCUGCCACAUGGGGUUCAAGGACCUCAGCAGGCAUCUCCAGUGCCUGGACAGAUUCCAAUUCACAGAGCACAGGUGCCACCAACAUUUCAAAACAAUUACCAUGGAUCAGGGUGGCAUUAAAAUGGACUCCAAAAACAUUUUUUUAAAUGUUCUGUAAGAUAAACUGUAUAUUUCAUAUGUACCUGUUAAGGUACUUUUUAAAGCUUGUACAUGAACCUUUGUAUAAAAAAACACCAGUGCUCUUUCAUUGUAUUUUUCUCAUUUUUGCUUUUUAAAAUUCCUUUAAAAAUGUGCUCUUAAGCCAGUAUUAGGUAUCUUUAUUUUGUAAGUGAACAUUCCAGCUGUUUUUUUCUGGCAGUAGAUUCAACGCUGUAUGAUCUUUAAAUUUUAUUGUUGCAGUUAAAUUCAUUUAGUGAAUGUUUUCUCUAUUAUUUUAUACAUAUGCAUUAAGUACACAGCUAACUAAUGGCACUAUGAGGGUUUUCUUUUUCCUUUUUUCUUUCCUGUCAGCAGCAGUUCUGUGAAUGCAUCUUAGGUAUAAAAAUGCAAUAACAGAUUUUUAUGUUUUGGUGUGGACAUGGCUCAUUUUGUUUUACCAGUUAUUUGCAAGCAAAAUGUAAUUUAAUGUAUAGAUGAUUUCUAAUGUCUCCUGACAAACUGUAAAUACUGCAUUUCUUUUGCAUAUAUAAUUGCUUACAGCUUUUCUCAUUUGAUAUAUAGCAUUGUACAUAUGACACGUCUUUGCAAAACUGUGUGAUCUUUGUGAAAGUAGUACAGUAUAUGACCUUUAAUUUCUUUUUUGUUUUAAAUAUACUGUCACAUUGAAGCACUGGUUGGGCAUUUUAAUUCAUGUUAAUAAAUCACAAUUAUGUCAGUUUUACCAAA